GCCAAUCAUCUGUUUACCGGAAUCGGCUUUGUGAUUCAUAUUUUAGGGAAGAAAAGUGCUAGGAAACGAGAGAAAACAUGGCCAAAAACACGUCCAGCAACGCGUUCCGCAAGAUCGAUGUUGACCAGUACAACGAGGACAACUUCCGGGAGGAUGACGGCGUGGAUAGCGCGGCAGCAGGGCCGGAUGAGAGCGAGAUUACGACGCUGCUGACGCAGGGAAAAUCCGUGGAGGCGCUCCUGAGUGCCCUGCAGAAUGCUCCACUGCGUUGCAAGAACCAGAACGUUAAGGACCACGCCCUGAACAUCACGCUGAGGGUGCUGCUGUCCAUCAAGUCCACGCAAAUGGAUCAGGCCAUCGAUACCCUCGAGCAGAACGACCUGAUCGACGUGCUGAUGAAGUACAUAUACAGGGGAUUCGAGAUCCCGUCGGAGGGCUCCAGUGGCCACCUGCUGCAGUGGCACGAGAAGGCCCUCGCCAAGGGCGGAGUGGGCUGCAUUGUCCGGGUCAUGUCCGACACAAAUCGCGCCUAGAGGAGAUUACCAUAGCCAAAGGCGGUCAUAGAGUCACCAUCUUAAGUGUUCCCUGCCCCAACACACAGAUUCACACCACGCAUCGCGGAGCAUUUAAUCAACGCAGGAAUGGAGCACUGGACACCACAUCCUCAUCUUCUUCGGGAUAUGCCACGCCCCAGCUGAAACCCUCUUCUGUUUCUUUGCCGCAAUACAAAUGACGUUUUCCAAAUUAGAUUUAAACUGAUAUCCAAGUAUUAAAGUUUUUAUUACGAAAGGUGA